CGCAUCAUAAAACAUCUUAAUUCCCACCCUGUGCUCCAUUCUUAAAGAUUGUUAUUUUUUUCUACCUUGAAUUAUAAUCAACUGGAAAAUAUAAUAAUCGUACUUGAAAAGAAAAGAUACAAAUAAUUAAAGAGGAAGUGCGAGUACCAAGUCCAAGUACAAAAACAAAACAAAAGAUUUUAUUUUUAAUUGUUUACCCUGCACGUCAUAAUAAUAAAGUUAAACAAGAAAAAAUAAUAACAACAAAAUGAGGCAAUAAUAUCUCUUACACGAUUCUUGAUAAUGAGUGUUUCUUUCUGUUCUAUGAGUUUAUGUAUAUUUAAAAAAAAUUAAUAAAAUAAAGUGAUAAAAAUUAUAUUCGACUUCGUCACUUUUUCUGUUCCAGUUUCUUCAAGGUGAAUUUUGUUUUUUAAAAAAAAGAGUGAUGAGUAUUUGUCGAUUGUGAAUUAUUUUGGAUUGUUGCCAAAGCCAAUGUUUAUAUUUUUUGUGUAAUUUUUAAACAGAGUAAAUGUUUGUAAGCGAAGAAAAUAAAAGAAACAAAAUAAACAACAUUUCAAUAAAUAUUUGAAUUGUUAAGUGUGUGGGUGGUGUAUUAAUAAAUAAACAAGUGGAAAUAGUUUGGAGAAAGUAUUAAAUUAUAAUUAAAUGGUUGGCACUACAUUCAACAGAGGCAAAUAAAUAAUUAUAAAUAGUUAAUUGGAUACUUCAAAAUAUACAAACGCGUUUUUGAAAUCAUUGCUGCCAUCAUCGCCAACCAACGGUACUCGGGGAAAACUCAUCUAAAUCUUAACUCUCCUGAAAGUAUGCAACUAUAAUAGUUGCCACCGCAGACAUGACAUCAGACGAAGUGAUUUUACGUCGCCAGAGGUCAAUAGAUGAAAAUGGCUGUGAAACAACAGAACCUCCCCCGCCACCGAGAUUACGUGGUCAGAGCACCUAUUUAGCGCUCCUCAGCUCACUGGCCACCGACUUGGAUAUAAUGCUAAAUGACCUACGGUCAUCUCCCAGUUCUCGCCUACUAUCACCAGCCUCACGUUCACCAAGUUCAUCAUCACCAGCCACCGUAGGCGGCAGUGGCAGCGGCGGCGGUGGUGGUAGUAGUAGUAGCAGUGGCGUUGUCAAUGAUAUUUCUACCAGCUCCACAUACCUCCGAAGUAAUCAGUCUGUACAAAUAAUUCCAUCGCAAUCGGUGUCUACGACAACAACUGUGGUAACUCGAGAAGCAUCUCCAGUCCCAGAACACCGCUAUCAUCAUUACUACUAUCAACAGCAAUAUUCAACUCACAACUUUCAGCAACAACAGCAGCAGUCUCAUCGUCUCAAUCAAGACUUUUACUACCAUCGUUUCCACAACUCAAACCAUCAUCAUCAACGUUCAAAUGGAUUGCGGUCGGGUAAUGCACAUGCAACAGCAGCACAAUCAUCCUCCAGCCGAGGAGCAUUCCAAUCAAUAGUGACUACCAUUGCCACCACCGCAGAAACCACAUCUGGCUCUGGUUCUAGCUUAAUCUCCCACCAACAUCAGACAUCAGCAGAAACAGCGUCAGCGUUAGCGACAACGGCUACGACGUCAACGACGACACAAUUGGGCUCCAUCACCAACCGAACAGCUUCAGCAGCCCACAACGAACGAGACGCUUUCUGGUCCUCCGAAUCAAAUCAAACAUCCCAUCAUCAAAAUCAAAUAAAAUCUAGCCAUCGACGUAUUCCAUUUUGUGGAUUAGAUUCCGUUAAAGGAAAUGACAAUAAUGGUUUACUAAAUGGCACCGGAAACAAUUUGAUAAUCAACAAUAACAACAACAACAAUAAUAAUAUCAACAACAUCCACAACAACAAUAAUAAUGGUGGUGGCAGCGGUGUUGGAAUUGGAAUUGGAAAUGGUGCUGGUGGCAAUAAUAUUAAUACAAAUGGUGGCAGUGGCAAUACGAACAGUAGUAGUAAUAGUUUUGGGAAUGGUGGCAGUAUUACCAAUCCACCGUUAUCCAGCUACAAUAUGACUUCAACCGAACAAUUCCAUUCGCUCGAAGGUAAUGAUAGCAGUUGCUGUGGUGAUGGCCAAUUCGAGGAUGACUUACAGGCGCUUCUGCCGAAUUGUCGGCAACUUUCAAGGGAUGAAAUCAGUCAGUCACGUGCAUCCCUUGUGUCGAGCUCGGACGGUGGUGUCUUGGCCGAAGGUGAGACAUCCAGUGAAGCUUCAGAAAAUUCUGAUGGUCCACCGUGUGAUUUGGGAUUAGUUGAACGAUUGUUGCGUACUCAUCCUGUAUGGUUCUUGCCAGGAAUACAGCGUUCUGGAGCAGUGCACUUUUUGCAGGGCAAAGAGGAAGGGAACUUCAUCGUUCGCAAUUCCAGUCAACCAAGCACGAUGGCCGUGUCGGUGCGACUUCCUCCAGACACUGGCCCAUACAUUGAACACUACCUGAUUCAGUCGAAUGGUGGCGUGCUAAGUUUGGAGAGCUCACGCUUUAAAUUCGAUUCUAUUCCUGCACUGAUUGCUCAUUACGCCCAAUGUUGCGAUGAACUGCCAGUUCAACUAAUCUUGCCACGAGCUCUCCGGGAGGCUAAUAAUCGUCAACAGCUGUCGUCACUGGCUCUGCUGGGUCAAGAAUUCUGGAGAUAUCCCAUGUCGAGUUCAAAUCCCAAUGAAGCUAAAUCGCCAAACUCACUCACCGACACAUCGGGCAUUGGGAUGACUGUAUUCAGUUCGGCCUCAAAUACACACAACCAGCAACUGAAUACAGCCAAACUAUUCAGUCCAACAAAUCAGCUAGCAGGACUGUUUAGUCCAUUGGGCACUCCAUCUGACACUGCUUCGAGUAUGAGCAGCUUCACAACUAGUGGAGGUCAGAAUAUGCAACUUAUGAGUCCGGAAUCUGUGGACAGUGUUAUCUUGACGAUGUCGCCAGUUGAUGCUGGAAACAAUCGCGCUUUGGGAGUUGGGGGAGUUGGAACUGAUACGAAGUUGUCAACCUUCAAAUCAACGUCUCAACAAAAACUAACACAUUUGGACAACGGAAUCAGGCCACAGCGUCCGACGCCACCCAACACACUAAACUUGGCCCCACGGAAGCCACCAGCUCCGCCUGUGCGCUGGUCCAAACCACUUACUCCCAACAGUCCAGUUCCUCCAAGUGACCAUUUUGCUGUCACAACACCAACCACUUACUGCGUGGACAUCAAGAACCAGCAGCAGUUUGUGGAACUCAUAUCACCACCCAGCCAAAACAAUGCAACUUUCCAAACCUUCUCGAAGCGUCUUUCGCCUGAGGGCGAAUGCAAAGAUACACUUUCCUCCCAGGGCUCAUCGAACAACCGCUGGAACUCACAAAGCAGCAAAGACUCAAAUCAGAGCCAGAAAAAGAUGCUCUCGCCAAGUUCGACGACGGGCAGUAGUAGCAAUGGCAAGCAUAGGAAACUCAAGCAGCGCAAAGAAUCCAAGCAUUAUAAGGAGUGUGACAUUCUGGAGAGUCAGCAGAUCUACUGUCGCAGUGCGUUGGGUGAUAAAAUCAGUGAUUAUGAAGACCUGUGGUCACAAGAUCCAAGUGAAAGGGCAGGAUUACUGUCCACCUUCCGCCCGCCCGAUGGAACGCAGGGUAAAAGGCCAGAUCUGUUAGCCGAAACUCCCACAAUAACAUCCCUGAACUGUAAUAUUCUUUCGCCUGCGAACUCAGUAAGCUCCUCAGCUAGCCCGCCCUCAGAAUCCUUACAGACUCCCACUGCUUGCCCAACGACGACGAUUACAACCGUAGCGGCGUCGGAAGCCACAACUGAUUUGCUAAGCCCGCUCGAUGCCAAUAAAAACUUUAUCCAGGUUCAAACCAAUGCCCAUUCUCGAAGCAGAUCUGGUCUGGUAUUACCUUUGACCACUGACGAUGCUCUCAAGGCGUCUGAGUCGGAUACAACACCAACAGCUCAGACUCCAGUCAGCUCUCGCAGUAAGCAAGGCAGUCCAUUCUAUGCAGAGCCUGCAGAUGCGUUACGAGCAGCUGGCUUAACCGCUAGUAUCUUGCGUCGAUCACAGCGUGGUGCUCUCUUGCCUGCGAAUCAUCGGCACUCCGAACCUCCCAAGGGUGGAAUCGCUCGGACACCAAUUUGUCCGGUGCUGGUGCCCUCAGAGAUUGAGAAGAUCGCAGGAAGUCUCGAUGAACUCAAGAAGAAACAGCAACAGCAGCCGGCUAAGCGACCACGCGGACGCAACGAUCAUUGGCAAAUCGACAGCAGUUGGGAGUUCAUGGGAAAAAAUGAUGAAAACGAUCCCGAAUAUGGGGAUUACGAUUCUGAAGAGCAAUGGAGUGGAGUUGCAGUACAGAAACACCCUAGUCAGUUAAACGGUGAAAACAAAGAGAACAAGGAGCGACCAAUUACAGUUCAUCAGAUCAUAGCUAAGCGUCUGCCAGAUUUGAAUCUUCCCGAAUUGGUGAGAUGUUCGACGCCACAGCAGCAACAGCAACCGAUCAAGGAAAAUAAAAUUGAAAAUCACAAUGGUGGUUUUCGACAUUCUUCGUAUGAUAAUGUAGAAAAGAAUUUUCCAUUUACAUAUUCCAAUGGAAUGGAUUCAGGACAGUCAGAUGAUGGAACUGUAUUUUCGGAACCAUGGGAUAGCACUCAAUGGGACUCAUUUCUUCCACCAGAUGAUUCAAUCACCUCGGAAUCAAUUCAUCUUUCUAAGUGUCGACCAACGCUUAUGUCUGAAGAUGAUUCCACAAUUAUCGAGGAUAUUAGCACCAAAGAUAGUCAAGGCACCUUAAAGGCAAAUAGACCAAGGUAUCAGGCGACAAAUCAAAAAGUUGCAACAAUACUUCGGAAUCCCAGUAUGAGAGAUAGGGAGAUUUUGUGUCAUCCACGAAACAAAGUCAACCCAGUCGGUGGUCCGGGCGAUUCGGUCCGUUGCUAUACCCUUCAACUAGCCAGUGAUAAUAAAUCAACUUUUGCUCAAAACAUCGAGAAUUUCAUCUCGUGCACAAAAGAAUCUCGCGAGGCAGCUCCGCAAGUUGUUAUGCGAAAUAUGCGUCAAUUUAUGAACGGCAUGAAGAACUACCUUGUUAAACAUGGCGAGGGUAAGUUCCAUCAAGAGGUCGAAAGUGCUCGGGCACGUCUCAAGUCCGAUGAGUUUCUCAAUCUGGACGCCAUACUCGAAACUGUGAUGCAUCAAUUGGUUGUGUUACCAUUGCGUGAUCAUCUCUAUGGUAUGUUUGUCGAUUACUACACACGCACCGAAGAUAUUCAGCUGUUGGUGGAGAAUGUUAAAUAUGCCUGCGGUCGUAGUGCAACUGAUUUUGGUAUAAGGCCAGCUGUGGCACCUCCCACAUCAUCUGCCUUAAAUCAAAUAUCGAAUCUUCUGCUGCGCCUCCAAGAGGCUGAGUUGCCACUUGAAAAAUUAGAAUUAUUCUUGUGUAUUAUUUCGUCGAUUUUCGAUGCAACCGGCUGCCCACGCGGACAACAACUGGGAGCCGACGAUUUCUUGCCAAUUUUAGUAUUUGUUGUGGCCAAAUGUGGCUUUGUGGGAGCUGAAAUCGAAGCUGAAUUCAUGUGGGGAUUGCUGCAACCAGCUUUGCUGAGUGGUGAAGCGGGAUAUUAUCUGACUGCUUUGUGCAGUGCUGUACAUGUGUUGAAGAGUUUUAUGGCUUCAGAUAACGAGGGAACUGGAUCUUUGGACUGGCGUUCAUCAUCUUUACCAGCUUGUUCAUCAGUCCUCCGAGUGAUCAUCCCCGAUGAAUGUAACGGCUCCCUUCAGACACGCACACUGCCUGUCCGACCUCACACCACAACCCGAGAAGUUUGCCGCAUCAUUGCCCACAAAGCCCGCAUCACAAAUCCCCAAGACUACGCUCUUUUCAAAUUGGUCGACGGAGAAGAGACACUCCUUACCGAUGUUGAAUGUCCGCAAGACAUUCGCCUAGCUGCCAAGGGCAAACACUGUAUGUUGGCCUACAAGAGAAUUGACGCCAAAAUUGCAUGGCCCACAGCUGCCCAACCUUCGUACGCUUGAAGUUCACAACAACACAGCGCUAAAACAUCCGCAACCAACCACUGGCAAUCCUUAGAAUGUAGUACUUUUAUUCAUUGUGCAUAGUUUUAAGUGUUUUGUUUUUCUAGAUUUUCUUUUUAUUAUUGAAAAAUCUUUUUCCAUUUUCUAUUUUUCAUCAUCGAUUUCCAUGACUAACAUCAAACUAUUUUAACUUUUUCUCUUCAUGUAAUCAAUAUCAUCAUACUGUAAGUUAAAUAUAAACAAAAAGGAUAUAAACUUAGACUUAAAGGAUAUUUUUUCGUACUAAUAAAGCAGUAUUUAAAAAAAAAACAUACAAAUUAGAAACAACCGAAUCAAAAUACUUUUUGGGGUUCGCUCGAGUAUAUUAUAUAUACAAGUUACAAAAUAAAUACAAACAUAUAAAAUAUAUAUCUUUACAUACACACUCAUUCAUUUAAAUACACAAAAACUCAUAAAUAUUUAAUCAUACGUUCUUAAUUAAUUAAUAUAUUAUUAUAAUAUUAUUCAUUCAAACGACAGACCAACAAAAACAAUUAAAAACAAAUGUAAAAAUAUCUGUACUCAAAUUUACUUGUAAACAGACAUAAUCUUAAAUUAUAUUAAAUUAAAAAACAAAAACAAAAAA